AUGCUUACUAUGCUGGAGCAGGUCCCCUCUCCCUAUACCAGGGAGGAGCAUUGGUUAAACGAGCAAAGCCUCGUAAGGAACGGAGACAACAAGCGUGCUCCACGAAGGUCACACACUCACCACGACUACUGCAUUCCUCAACCACCAGUCUUCACACUCCAGACCAUCCACUCCCCUCCACCAUCGCCCGGGUUCUCACAGGACUCUCGUCAAUCCUCCACAGUAACCAGCCCGUCAGAGGAACACAACAGGCAGCUUCAGCUACAGCAACAACCGCCCCGUCCUGUCGCUGCACCCCGCCGACCUCCCCUCGGGCCCCCUCGCCGUUCCUAUUCCGUCACAGAUAAGGAACCGCUCCCCCACCACCACCGCCCUGGCGGCCGCCUCCAGCUCAUGGACCUCCCCCCCGAGAUCCAUUACGCCAUCUUUGACUUUCUCGACCCAAUCGACAGCACCUGCUUUGGGUUGACCAACUCCAACCUCUACUCCAUCCACCGCCGGCUCCACGGCAUCGUCCCGCUGGCUGUUCACCGCGCCGGGCCCAACGAGCUAGAAUGGGCUUGGCACUUGGCCGGGCAGCAUGUCGCGGCCAAGCCAUCACUUUUGACCCAGAAGAACGAGCCAGGGCCAAAGGAGGGGUUGGGUCCCGAGGAGAGUAAGGCGUUGAUAUGUCUCAGGGUCAGAGGGCAGGCACUUUGCAGGAAGUGUGUGGUGAGUAGGUGUCAGUUGCAGACGCACAUCAAGGAUUGGAUGGGGGAGAAGUAUGAGUAUUGUGAUAUCACGCAGAAGUUUGGGCCAAAGGCGGAGGAAGGGGCCAGGAAGAAAUGUGAAAGGUCUAGUCCGAGGCACAGCAAUUGGUGUGCCAGGCAUGGGAAGAAGAAGGGUGCUGCUGUGAAGAAGCAGCAGCAGGAGGCGACGGGGCAGAUACUUGGGACGGUAUAA